AUGAACGCUCUGUGGCGAAAUGGAGCUACGUUGGCUCAAUCCGACUUGAGCUCCGUUCGCUUGAUCGUGUCGGGAGGUGGACCUCUGAGUAAAGAAGCAUUUGCCAAGAUGCAAGCCGUGUGCCCCCAAGUGCGAAUUCUCGGUGGCUGGGGUCUGACCGAAACCUGCGGUGUCAGGUCCCUGUCAUAUAUCAGCGACAUCUUUCCGGGCUCGAGUGGGGUCUUGCUUCCGGGCGUCCGCAUCCGAUUGAAAAACGAUAACGGCCGUGAGAUUGAGACUCUCGAGGAAAUGGGCGAGAUCGAGAUUGCCACUCCCAGCCUCGUGUGCGGGUACAUUGACUCUGCCAGGGAUGCGCUUCUCCCGCCUACAGACAAUGCAGACUUCUGGUGGCCAACAGGCGACGUCGGCCUCUUCCGCACGGGCCCCAGCGGCGAGAACCAUCUGUUCAUUGUAGAUCGUAUCCGGGACAUGGUCAAGGUCAAGGGCAACCAAGUCGCCCCUGGCCAAAUCGAGGCGUAUCUGAUCCAACACGCCGCCGUCGCCGAGACCGCCGUCAUCGGAAUCCCUGACGAAGUAGCUGGUGAGCGAGUUCUGGCCUUCGUGGUCCGGGAGCCGUCGUAUGCACCUGAGACGAGCGAGGAUGAUCUUCGAAGGGAAAUCCGGGAUUACAACGACCUUGAACUGCUUGAGGUUUGCCGUCUCCAGGACCGAAUCAUCUUCAUCGAUCAGAUACCGAAAAGUGCGAGCGGCAAAAUGCUUAAGCAAGAACUGAGGAAGCAGUUGUCUUCGCUUGAUGUCCCCAGUCCCCUUCUCUCAACUUGA